UCUCUCUCUCUCUUCGUCUUCCUUUUCCGAGGCACCCUCUCUGGGGCGAGCACAGUUUGAACACAACGAAAGAGAGGAUCAUCGGCAAGAAGAAGAAGGCAUGGCAGCACCCGAGGCUCCUGUCUGCUACGUCGGAAUUGCGAGGCAGUCCGCUGCCUUUCGACUCAUGAAACAAAUGGGAUGGGAAGAAGGUGAAGGACUUGGGAAAGACAAACAAGGAAUUAAAGGACAUGUUAAAGUUAAAAACAAACAGGACACUACAGGUAUUGGUAUAGAAAAAGUCACUAACAACUGGGCAUUUGAUACUGUACAAUUUGACAGUAUUCUGAAAAGAUUGAAAGUGCAAGUGGCAGAACCUGAUGCUGAAGUCCUUGAGAAGAAUGAUACUCAAGUAAGUGUAGAAAAUGAUACUUCCAAAGAGGAUCAGGAUGCAGUGAUUAAGGCCACUAGACCACAGGGAAGAUACAAGAAAAGAGAGAGAGGGAAGCUUGUUCACACAUAUUCUUCCAAGGAUCUUGAAGGAAUUUUUGUUAAAAAGAUGGAAGAAGAUGAUCAGAGAAAUCUUGAUCAAGCUAGUGAGUUGACAAAGGGAUAUGAAUAUCAUGCUGAAGGGAGUGCAAAUGAAAAUAUGCCAUCGGAAUGGUGGGGCCAUAAAUAUGGAUUUGUCUCAGGAGGUUUUCUUGGAGCAGAAUCUAGAGCAAAAAGGACCUUAACGUCUGACAAUCCUCAAUACUGUGACAAGAGGACUGCAUUUGUUGAAGAAGAUCAAGAGAAUCUUUACAAACUAGUCCAGGAUAAGUCCACAACUGGCAAACAAGGGUUGGGCAUUAAAGAUCGUCCAAAGAAAGUAGCUGGCUGCUAUUGGAAAGGACAGAAGACAUCUUUUAGUGACAGUGAUGAGGAUGAUUCUGCUGAUGUUGGUUCUCUGGUGAAAAGAAAACACAGUGAAGUGAUUGAGAUGGAAGGGAAUGGUGAACCAAAAUUGAAGUUGAAAAAGCUAUGUAAACAGCUUCUUCGUGAGGUUCCAGAUAAGUCGCUUAAGCUAAAACAGCUUAAGGUACUUAUUGAUGAACAUUCAGCUUCUAUUUUCUCUAGCUUCUCUUCAAAGCGGGAUGCCAUCUCGUACUUGAAACGAAAGUUAGAAGGAAGUCAGAAGUUUUACGUGGUCGGGAAAAGAGUGAGUCUUUCAUCAAAGAGAGACUGAAAAUUUUGUUGGGCAUUGGCAAGCGUGUAACGAUCUGUACAUUGCUACCGAGGCAGUGAUGCUGAACGAAGACCAUUUACUAUUUAUUAUGCUGUUCAUUUGCAUUUGGUAGGUCAAACAUGGAUUUGGAGAUGUGGUUGCUUAAGUUAUAAAAACUUUGCAGGGUAAUAGCAAUAUUCUCAGGUCAUAUACGAGUUUUGGUAGGUCAAAUGAAAAUUUGGAAAUCUUAUGAUUGAUUAUGUUAUUAGCGGUAAAGUUUUUUGUUAUAUGGUAAUGACAAAUUUCUUUCCGGUGACUCGUGAUCACCUUGGUGACU